AUGGUCGCGACAUUUGUGUCAAAAGCGGGUCAUAUUGCAACAAUUCAUCUUAAUGAGCAAAGAACUGUUACUGCGGAUUGGUAUACCACCAUUUGUUUGCCAAAAGUCAUCACAGAGCUUCGAAAAAUCAACUACGAAAGAAGAAUGAUCCUCCACCAAGACAAUGCAAGCUCGCACACAGCCCAAAAAACAAGGCAAUAUUUGACGGAAGAAAACGUGGAAUUAUUGGACCAUCCUCCAUAUAGUCCCGAUCUAAGUCUUAACGAUUUCUUUACUUUCCCGAAAAUUAAAAACAGAGUGCGUGGUCAAAGGUUCCAGUCACCAGAAGAAGCAGUUGAAGCAUUCGAAAAUGCCGUUUUGGAUCUGCCAGCAAAUGAGUGGAAUAAGUGCUUUGAAAAUUUCAUUUAA